UCGGUGGAAUUUCGCGGACCAAUAAGAACACGAGAUUCCAACCACAUUGGAAUUCCGCGCGGAGGUUUCAUUCCUCCGGACAAGCCUCUGCCGAAUUCCUCCAACACGCAUUCCGACGUGGAACUCCAGAGUCUUUGGAAUUCCAAGUCCUUGGAAUGGCGUGUACCAGAAGUACACGAAAUUCCAACCACACAAAAUUUCGCGUGGGCAUUCCAUUCGUCGAGAAUUUCGCCACGGCGGAAUUCCGCCAACAGUAAGUUGAUGGAAUUCCAACGAAUCGAAUUCCGCACUGGAAUUUCAAACCUCUCGUGCACUCCAGGGAGACUUACGCAUAGAAUUGCGUGGCGUACAACCCACGCAUUUCUGAUCCAUUUUCAAAAUCGCCAAGUCGCCUUCAAACGCCAGAGGACUGAGACGAAUCUAAAUACCUCGUCAUUAGUUUCCUGAAGCCACAGAUAUCUGCAACCUAAGCUACUUUCACGUCCGACUGCCUCCUAACUUCCCAUGGCGUCUACUACUAAUGAGCACCCUGUGUGGAAGUACUUUCUCGUGCCUGAAGGUUCCGCAUCGAAUGCAACUAUUAAGAAGUCCUGUAGAUUCUGCAAUAAACAAUGGUCCCUUACCGUUAGUCGAGCGCAGGGGCAUAUUCUUGGGAACGACCCUAACAUUGCCGCAUGCAAGAAUGCCCCUCCGGAAGCGAAAGAGACUCUACGUAAGGUAGUAUCGGAGAAAGCGAGUGGGCAGGAGGCAAAGAGGAUAGCCUCCCAACGGACUAUGGACGCUUUCACCAAGCAAACAAGUGAAAUCGCCAGUAGCAGUGCUGGCGGCUCUACAUCCCGCAAGCGGCCCGGGGGACAGCUGACGCUCCAGGAAUGUCGUCCCGAAACUGCAGCAUUGACAAGCGCGCAACAGGCGGUUGCUACCUUUUUCCACGUUUGUCGUAUCCCUCCCAACGUCGCCGAGCACGCCGCUUUCAAGGGCAUGUUGCGGAAGGUGUCUGCUGCUGGGAUUGGCUUCCCACCACCAGGGCGAAAGCUCAUCAUGGGACGCCUACUGCAGGAUUGCAAGGCUAGCACGGACACAGCCCUGAAACCGGUGAAGGAAUCAUGGAUCUAUUUCGGUGUGAGCAUUGCGACUGACGGGUGGACGGAUCUUUGUAGCCGUCCCCAAAUGAAUUUUUUGGCGGUGAACACCACAGCGUCGGUCUUCUUGUUCGGCGUGGACUGCGGAACGAAGAAAAAGGGAGGCGAUUUCAUUGCGGAGCACCUCAAAAGAGCAAUCACUAUGGUGGGAGCCGGCAAUGUCGUGGGGUUGCUAAUGGACGGGGCGAGCCCUAACAUUAGUGCGGCCAACAUCAUCAAAGCUACCUACCCGAAGGUGCAGUACAUCCGGUGUGCAGCUCACACCCUGAACAAUCUAAUGAAAGACAUCGGGGGGCGGAAGUGGGCGGCACGCAUCAUCACCAAGGCGCAGGAUCUCAUCUCCACUCUGAAGAAUGCGCAGUGGAUCACUGGUCACUUCAGGGAGCAGAAUUCUCUCGUGUUGCUGAAACCCGCCGGCACUCGUUUUGGGACAAACUAUAUUGCACUACAGCGUCUACUCGAUGUGCGGAAGGUUCUUGAUCAAAUGGUGCUUUCUUCAGGGUGGCGUGCUUUUGCGCACGGCAAGGAGCGGAUGACCAAGGCACGCGAGACAAUCAGGGAUGACAAGUUUUGGGCUGGAGUUGAGAAGGUGGUACAGAUUUUGAAGCCAAUCUACAUGCUUCUACGUGCAGUUGAUGGAAACCAGGAGGUUAUGGGGAGGAUCUAUGAGAUGAUGCUCGACUUGGAGGAGUCCACCAAGCAGGCAUGCAGCUGCUUGAAGGCGAAAGAACGGCAGUGGGUUGCGGGUGCUGUGCGUCGCCGCUGGAACGAGAACAUCAAUUGUGCAUUGCACGUGGCGGGGCGGAUUUUAUAUCCACCGAACCAAUAUGAGAAGAUAUUUGGAGCGGGGGGGGAUGCUGAAUGCUCGGGAAUCUUCAAGCAGUUUAUCGCAGACUACUACAAGGGGGAGUACACUGUUGACAAGGAUGGGACGAGGGUUUUGAUGGCUACAACGGUAGAGAAGGAGAUUCUCAUCUAUGUGAAGGGGGAAGGCGCCAUUGGUGAGGCUAAGGCACGUGCCGAGCAUGAGCUCAUCAAGGCUGGUAAAUUGGACCCCACUCAUUGGUGGGAGUUCAAUGGUCAUCAAUGUCCCAACCUCUCCAAGCUGGCUUGCAGGAUUCUUAAGCAGUGCGUGUCUGCUUCGGCAUGCGAGACGAAUUGGGGGGUGUGGGAGUCCAUCCACACAACCCGACGUAACCGCCUAGGUCCUAAGCGCCUCGAGGAUCUAGUGUACGUGACACACAACUACCACACAGUGUGCAAGUUGCAUGAGGAUUUUGAGAAGCGUUUUCGGAAGGAAGGGCAUGCGUCGAUUAACAUCGACGAGCAGCAGCACGAUGACUACGAGCCGCUUGACGACGACGACAUUCCAGAGGAUGCAUACUUUGAGGAGGAGGAGGAGGAGGAGGAGGAGGAGGAGGAGGAGGAGGAGGAAGGAGGAGGAGGAGGAGGAGGAGGAGGGAGGAGGAGGAGGAGGAGGAGGGGGGGGGGGGGGGAGGAGGAGGGGGGGGGGGGAGGAGGAGGGGAGGGGAGGGGGGGGGGGGGGGGGGGGGGGGGGGGGGAGGAGGGGAGGAGGAGGAGGAGGAGGAGGAGGAGGAGGGGAGGAGGAGGAGGAGGAGGAGGGAGGAGGAGGAGAGGAGGAGGAGGAGGAGGAGGGAGGAGGAGGAGGAGGGGGAGGGAGAGGGAGGAGGAGGAGGAGGAGGGAGAGGAGGAAGGAGGAGGAGGAGGGAGGAGGGGGGAGGAGGAGGAGGAGGAGGAGAGGAGGACAACGAGGAUGACUAGGAAGAGAAGUAAAAGACAGUUGGAGGAAUAGUAGUAGUACCCCUAUAUGUGAGAGCUUGUGUGAGUGAACCAAUAUGUACAUGUUCAUGUACGUCACCUUAUGACUCCCUUCUGUUUUUUUUUUUUUUUCGGGGGCAGCUCCAGAAAAAUUUCAGCCUGACCGUAAACGUCAGUCCAAAACGGCGUCACCGUUCGUAACGUAAAUAAACUACGUAAUCGUUCGAAAUCGUAAAACACCGUAAACGUUAGAUCCAACUUAGGGUGCAGGUGAUGAGCAAGGGGACGUAUAAGAAAAUGGUAGGUCCGACUGCAUAUGCCAACGGAUCUAGCUUCUAAACUAAGAAGUCUACAAGCAAGCGAGUGAAGACAGGGGGUGGGUUGAUGAGCUGGCAUCUCCACCUCACA